CAUCACUUCACUCCCUAUCACCCCCUAUCACCCUCUCAAACUCAAGAAGUAUCUAUCUCAGAGAUGAAUUUGAUUUCUCCGAAUUAAUCGGCUGCUAUGGGCGGACAAUUUACCAUUCUACCGCUCUACCCCGUUUCCUUCCCCCCCACACCUCAUGCAAUGCGGCCGCCGCAAUCCCUCCGCCGGCGGGGCAACUAAUGAUGAUGAUGAUGAUGAUGAUAAUAAUGAUAAUGAUGCCCAAAACCGGCCUAGCUGGCUGCCACACACAUUGCGCAGGCCAUACCUACUUACUCUCUCGACUGUCCUGCUGUUGAUUGCCAUCGCUGUUGAGGUCCUCCGUCAAUAUUCCACUCGCCACAAUGGCAUCGCUCAAUACAAACAGAGGGAAGACCUUUCUACCUCCAUGUGGCGGGCGUGGGCGGAUACUCCCACCAUUGUCGGCCUGGUUGCCGUAGUCCUUUGGGAAGUCUUUGCCCACGACCUGCUGCGCUUGGAGCCGUAUUUCCAGCUGGCUAAUCCUAGCGGUGCCUCCGCCAGUGUUCUCUUUACCAAUUACAGCUUCGAUCCUGGAAUCCUCGCUCCUAUUCGUGCCCUUCGAAACCGACAUUGGAUCGUGCUAUGCGUUUCCCUGAUGUCUUUGGCAAUACACCUCCUCGUGGCCUCGUUGCUCUCGGGUCUUGUUGUCCUAUCAUCCUUUGAUGUGGUGGAGACCAAGACCCUCGAUAGCUGGCCACACCUGGUUGAUCUGGAAGCUCAGGACAAUUGGUUCGCACUCGAAGCUGCUCACAAGCCAUCGUCGCAGAGCUCUCAUUGCAAUGACCCCGGACCAAACAAAACCAUGGCCUAUGCCGUGGCUCCCGUAACUUUCCCAUCGGACUACAGCAUGGAAUUUUCCACCCUGAGCAUAAGUCAGUCCGUGUACUGGUCCGACCUGACGUGCGUCAAUGCGACUGUGACUGGGGCAGUACCGAGCACAAUGAAUGUUUCUUCAGCCGAGGAUUCGUUGAGCGACCACGGUCUGGUGUGGAAUCUUUCGAAUGUCACGCUGCUAGGCAUGUCGACAGCCGCCGCCUGUGAGAUCGGUAUUGCGCUCAACACCUCUGCUCCGCUCGGGGACGGGGGCUUUCAAGCACGCUAUUGGGAACCCGUACAGUCCCAACCCGCGCCUGUGUCUCGACCUGCCUUCAACGCGACCGGCUGUCCCUCCACCGGUCUGCUCGGUAUAAUAAUUGACAUGGAGAGUAUGGCCGGGACACCGUUGGGCUCGAAUCUCACAUUCUUUGCGUGCCAGCCACUUUACAGGCAGGCGACCGCUAAUGUGUCUUUCACGGACAGGUCGUAUCCCACCAGUAUCCAACCAAUACAUUCUAGCAUCGGGGAUUUGGGUGAAAAGGAUUUCAGCGGGCACGGGUUCCAGAGCUUGAUGUCCGCGGAGCAUACUCGCACAGGUGAAUCAUGGAACGAAAGAAUCAGCAUCGUUGGAAAUACGGAGGCCUUGAAUUUGACUCAAUAUCAGGAAGCUGUCGGCCGUACAUGGAACCACAGAUUUACAAACGCGAUCGAUAGACUCUUCGACCAACAGGCGGAGGCUGUGCGAAUCGAUGCCAUCCUGAUGACGUACUCAGUGGCCGUGGCGGUGGUCCCUCGCGCGGCUGUCCUUAUCGAAACCAUUAUGUUUUCAAGCUUUGCCCUAGUCCUUGCUCUGAGUUUCAUAUACCCACGUCGGCUUAGCCUCCUUGAUCGCGAUCCCAGCUCUAUUGCUGCGCAGUGCGAUUUGAUUGCCCGCCUGAUCGAUUCCGACACACUCGGUACUCUGUCCCAACCGAUCUACCAUGUCGCACGGACCCGACGACUUCGCAAAUGGGCCAAGGGGCUCUGGUGUAGGUGGAUUCCAGGGUCCAAUGGUCGCCGCCUUGAACUGUCUCUGAUAGAUGGGUCUCCUGCGAAGAUGGGACCGCCACCUGCUGCCUCCAAACGCGGAGAUCCAAUGCCGCACUUCUUAACUCUUCCAUGGUUUGUGACGGAAUGCGUUCUUCUCAUGGGCGCUAUCACCGCAACCGGCCUGACGUUUUCAUGGAUCCGAGUCCGCGUGUUAAACACAAUGAACACCACUGAAUAUCUGUUCGCAGCGGCUUUCUUAGUCUAUGGCCCCACCAUGAUUGCUUCAGUGGUACGCUCGCUCAUCAACUCCCUGCACCGCCACCUGAGCGUCGCAGAACCAUGGAUCCGAUUACGACAAGGGAUGAGGCCUUCAAUGCCGCUAUCCGCGCCAGCGUACGGUCCUCUCAAGACCCUCUUUGUGUUGAGGCGAUCAGGGCCACGGCCUUCCCUCUCUACGUUCGGUCUGUCGUUGGUCUGCGUGCUCAAUCUGAUUCUUGUCGUUGUUACUGGCGGUCUAUUUGAGCCGCAAAUCAACACUUACUUCGCAUCCUCCAACGUUACCACCUCAUACACCGAUUCAACCUUUGAUGGGCCGACUCUUACCCCGGACUUUCCCAGUUUCGACCGCAGUAUAUACCUUCUGACAAUGAAUCACUCGCGCCUGUCGUGGACUACAAGGGAUCUCUCAUUCCAGCCGUUUGAAAUGGAUAUAGACGAGGGUGCCGUCGGUGUGGUAUUCAAUGCCAUGAUUCGUGGAAUCGGCACCACUCUGUCGUGCGACGAAUUGCCGUUCAACUAUGCAACUAUCGACAACUACACUACGACGGUGAAUUGGGCUUACCCUCUUUCACCAGAUACUCAGACCACUCAAUGCAAUGUCCAUCUUCCUCUCGUUUCUCCCGACCCCACGCGACCAAAAAUCCAGUAUGCGUGGCCCAACAACUCCGACUGCCAGAGAAGCGGGUUCUUCGUCUCCGCCACCAGCCUACCCACCGACAACCAUACAUCGACAGCGCUGCACUGCACCCCUCAGCUUCACACCCAAUUCUUCGAGGUCCAAGUCGAUCCCAGUGGCCAUAUUCUGGAACACGCCGCUGUCCAUCAUACAGCUCCGCUGACCACCGGGCCCUUCUACGCCAACCUCACCACCGCUCUGGGCCUCUUCAACCGGAAUCUCGGCUUCUUUGUCCACAAUAUCUCAGCGCAGCCGCUCCCGUACUACCUCUCCUCCUUCCCCAACCACCAGACCACCCAACUAUCCCAGACCAUCCAGCAGACAGACCCCACCAACACCACCAAAGCCCUCACCACCGCGAUUCAAACCCUCUACCAAUCCACCUUCGCAACCUACCUCACCCUGAACCGCGACCUUCUCUUCCCCCGCGGCCCGAUGGUGCAGAUCCCGGGCGUGAUCAAAUACACCUUCUGGGGCUUCAUGCCCUCGAGCACCACCAUCGUCAUCAUCAUCGUGAUCUUAUCGAUCGACGUCCUCGCGCUGGUGACCGUGUUCGCGUGCUACUUCGGGCGGUACGAUGCGCCUCGGAUCCCGAAGGCGAUUGGCUCGUUGAUUCCCUGGGUAGGCGGGCCGGAGGGGGCGAAGCGGUUGGCAAAUAUGGGGGGAAACGGCGAUGAUGAGGAGGACCGGCGGUACCGUUUCUGGUCUCAAACGGAUGCGGAUGGGCAGGUGAGGUGGAUUCUGGGGGAAGUGGAUCGCGAGGCAGAGGGGGAGGAGGAUGGGGUGGAGUUGGGGAGUGUUGGGAGGAGGGAUUCCGGGGGUUCGGGGAUGCGUACUGACCCUUCUGGCGUCGAAGCAUGA